AUGGCUUUCUAUUUGACGAUGCACUCUAUAGCAGGAACGAGCCAUUGGAUCCACGAUGUCGAGGUGACAAAUCGCGACGAGUGUGUCACUGUGAAGUCACCGUCGACAAAUAUCCUCGUCGAGUGGAUCUGGUGCAACCAGUCCGGUGGAAGCGCUAUUGGGUCUCUUGGCACUGAUACGGCCAUUGAGAACAACCUUUACCGAAACAAUUUCCUUUCUCAUAAUACUGCUUAUGGACUUGACGUUGACCAGUAUUGGUCUGGACAGUCGCAAGCGGAUGGAGCCGGUGUGCAGCUCAGUAACAUCACACUUGGGAUGGCUCGGCCGUCGACGGAGUGCAACAUCCGCCAAUCCAGUGAGGCGGUAAACAAAUGUCAGAGUGCCUUUGGAACGGGAUCAUGCCUCAAAUCCGGUACUAUCGACAAUUACAAUGUUAUAACAACGACAGUGUCGAGGACACCAGGUUUCACGUCCCUACCAAAGCUGUCCGGAGAUUUAUCCGAAGAAUUUGCUACUGAUGCGUCGAUUCCGAUACCGGCUAUUCCGUCAACAUACUACCUCGGUCUGCCGCAAAUUUCUCCGCCUGCGAAGACCCCUUAG